AUGCCUCAGCCUAGUUUCUCUUCCCACUUGGACACGAUGUUUGCCAAUUCUUCAGCCAAUGCCUCUUCUACCAACAGCCCUGUGCCCCAGUGCCGUGACUAUCGGGGCACGCAUCGUCUGCAUAUGGUGGUCUACAGCCUGGUGUUGGCGACUGGUCUCCCUCUCAACGCUCUGGCUCUAUGGGUCUUCCUGCGUGUGCUGCGCAUAAACUCGGUGGUGAGCGUGUACAUGUGUAACCUGGCAGCCAGCGACCUGCUCUUCACCCUGUCACUGCCCCUGCGCCUCUCCUACUAUGCACGGCACCACUGGCCCUUCCCGGACUUCCUGUGCCAGACGUCGGGUGCCAUCUUCCAGAUGAACAUGUACGGCAGCUGUAUCUUUCUGAUGCUCAUCAACGUGGACCGCUACGCGGCCAUCGUGCACCCGCUGCGACUGCGCCACCUGCGGCGGCCCCACGUGGCGCGGCGGGUCUGCCUAGGCGUCUGGGCGCUCAUCCUGCUGUGCGCCGUUCCUGCCGCCCGCGUGCACAGCCCGUCCUCCUGCAGGUACGAGAACAGCACCGUGAGCCUGUGCUUCGAGAGUUUCAGCGAUCAGCUGUGGAAGGGCGGGCUGCUGCCGCUGCUGCUGCUGGCUGAGACCCUGGGUUUUCUGCUGCCCUUGGCUGCUGUCGUCUAUUCGUCGGGCCGGGUCUUCUGGACGCUGGCGAGGCCCGACGCCACUCAAAGCCAUCGGCGCCAGAAGACCGUGCGCCUCCUGCUGAUUAACCUCAUCAUCUUCCUGCUGUGCUUCGUGCCCUACAACGCCACGCUGGCUGUGUAUGGGCUGCUGCGGGCCAACCUGGUGGAAUCCAGCCUUGAGGCCCGCGAUCAGGUGCGCGGUGUGCUGAUGGUAAUGGUGCUGCUGGCCGGUGCCAACUGCGUGCUGGAUCCGCUGGUGUACUACUUCAGUGCCGAGGGUUUCCGAAACACCCUUCGCAACCUGGGCACCGCGCUCCAGACGAGGCCUCUGGCUACCAAUGGGGCUCGAGGGGUGCUCACCGAACCACCCUCAGAAACCACCCAAAACACCGGGCAGGACGCCACCAGUCAGGGGUUACUCCAGCCUGGCAAUCUGGAAACACACAUCACCCAGAGCCCCCAGGAUUCAGCCCUCUGAAAGGACACAGCGUCACAGUGUACUCUCGGGCCUCCCUUAGGGUGUACAUUUCAGCGAGGUGGGCUGGGGACUUGGACUUUGAAGCAACUGCAGUCCUAGUGUGCAGAAGGAGAUAAGUGUGUAAGCAAGGGCAGGAAAGCCAGAGUGUUGCUGGUGACAGUGUUAGCUCUGGUUUUUAUUCAGAGAAAGUCUGCUCCGGUGAGUAGGAAGCCAUGUGGUGAGUAUGCCCAUGGCUAAGAGCUGAUACAUGGAAGAGAAGCUGGAUC